UCAGGGUCUUCUGUCCUUGCUGCCGUGUGGGAGCUUCACGGAUGUUUGGCUUGAGGUGUUGCAUCCUGCCUCCUGUAGGCUGUCGCUGGCAUGUGCUGGCAGAGGUCAUCCCCUCCAGGCUGUCAUGUGGCUCCAGCCGGGUUUAAAGUCACUGCAAGAAAGCAGCAAGGUCACACAGAAGAGAGCAGCUCAGCAACAGGACGAAGCGGUGAAGGUCUGAUUCUCCUUCAACAUACCGAGCACUUGGCAACAUUUGCAUUGUUUGCGCCAUCUCAGAAAUACAUGAAUGACUGGGCUAUGUUUUUAUUUUUGUGGUGAAUGUGAAGUUGAAAAUGUCGGACUCAGCGGGCGAGAAGAACCGGAUGCCAGCGCGGGUCUCGAUUUGCCCCAGCAGGCCGACCGCGACAAUCAGACUUCAGGAUAUAUACGUUCCAAAGCCUCCAAAAGCCCCCGUUCGGAUCCGUCCGCCCUCUCCAAGACCCGCCUCUGGGAGGGAACAUGGUCUGAAGCAAACCGCUUCCAGCGAUCCGGCCACCAAGGCCAGCCGGAGGAAAAGGGCCCAGUCUCUGUCUUCGGCUUCAGACAAGAAGAGAGUGCCCAGGAGGGUCCAGGUGCGGUUUGUGGAUGCGUUGGGCCUUGACUUAGAGGAAGUGAGGGUCUUCAGGGUUCAGCAGGACCCCCUGAUACCCCAACAUGUGAUGUUCAGGCUGCUGAUGAGCUCAGAACUGGCUUUUGGAAAGUCCCCUGAGCUGAACCUACCUUACCUGAGGCCCUGUUUCCCUGAACACAUGGGAGCCCAACCAAACUUCCAGGACCGUCUGCGCUCUCUGAGGGUCUCUCUGGAGCAAGUGGUGUGCUCAGACCACGGCAUAACAGGCACCAUACAUGUACUAAAUUUAGCUUAUGAGAAAGAGGUCAGAGUGCACUACUCUUUCACCAACUGGAGAACACACACUCACACAAUAGCUUCCUGGGUAUCGGGUGGCCCCCCUGGUGACCGCGGCGCUCCGGGCACCGACAUCUUCAGGUUCCGUCUGCCUGUCCCGCCCUUCAUCUUGGAGCCAGGAGCCCUCCUGGAGUUUGCCAUCUGCUACCAUGUAAACGGAUGCGACUUCUGGGACAAUAACAGCGGCAACAAUUACAAACUUGCCUGCCACAGCUACAAGGUGACUGUGCCAAAGGAGUGCGAGGACAGCAUGCUGCAUUUCACCUGAGUGGCCACACGAGGGAGCUCUAACUCCUGUUAGUGGAUGCGCGUGAACGCGUUAAACCACUUACCUUAGUAUUCAGUGUUCCUCGGUUCAUUUAUCAAGUUGGACUUUUCUGGUUCGUCAGAGACCGACACACACCUAUGCAGCAAAUGUUCUAUUACCAACAUGAGUCAGACCUAUUGCUGCAGGUACUGUAUUUUGUAUUCAGUAGAAAGUAGAACUAAUAAAAACAAAUCCAUAAUGCAUAACUACCAGUUACAAGUUACUCCUUCAUUCUAGACAUAGCAUGCUUAUGCUUCAGUAGAUCCAUAAAAACACUAUUUAGGUGAGUUGUGAUUUCCUUUGUGAGUGCUUCGUACUGCCCUGGGAAAAUAAAGAGUAGGUUGAAGUGCA